AUGAACGUCACACCAGUGCUAGCAAAAGAAAUCGUUAAACGAUUCCGUAAACAGACAGGUGGUACAUCAACGUCAACACUUACACCAGAGUUUGCCGCAUUCGCUGUGCGUCUCUCACUCCUUGGUUCAGCGAAUAAAGAUGAAAAGGGAAAUGUUGCCGAGACUCCAGAAGCAAUUGAAGCAAUGGCGGAUAAGCUUUCAAAAUACUUUGCCACGUGUUCAACACAUGUGAUGGCAACACUUUCCUUACAAUGCCAGACAGCAGGACUGCGUGCUAAUUUUUUGAAUAAACGCCGCAACGAGCAGGUGAAACAGGAGGCUGUCACUAUGCGUCUGAUGGGAUCUCUCUGUGAGAACUCCACAAGAAUGCCUGAAGAGAUGCUCAGUGAGAUCGCCUUCUUCAUUCUGCACCGCUACGGACAACUGCGUAGCACUGCUGAAGGAGAUGUGGCUGUCCGCAAGGAAACUGUAGCUACACUAAACGCCGUGCUACCGCGUGCACAAGUCCGUGCGUUUGCCAAUCAAUCAGCUGAAGAAAAGCGACGUCAACUGGAGGAGUUGCGCCGCAUUGUGUGGGGUAUUCGUCUCUACAACAUGUCGGAGGGACGCACAACGGGUGCUGGUCUCACUCUCCUGCACGAUACCGCCUCGUCUACACUCUCGGAGCUGCAGGAACUCAUCACACGAGAACUGCAGAAGACCGCGGCGGUGUGUGCGGAUUAUGUGGCGUUUCUCCGUUCACCCUCUGCUGCCAUUGGGAGUGCUGAGCGGCAGGCAUUACGCGAGGAGUACCACCGCACCCUGCAGUUACUGCUCAAUCUCCGCACCGCCCAACAACGCCUAACGGACUUAGCAAACAUCAUCCACGGCGAACAUCUCCCCGCGUAUGACACGGCGUUAGCGGAACUGCGCGCAGUGCUCGGCACCAGCUCCAUGCGAUCGGACGGCGUUACACUCCACAGCAGUGUGCCAAAGCGUACAGUCUACCCAAAAUUUAUUGCCCUCGCCGACGCCUACGAGGAGACUCUGCAGAGCUUUGAAGCGUUUGAGGAAAUACGCGCUCUUGUUGAUCUCUCACUCUCACUUGGGACAGUGGCAACUCCAUCGUUACCACCCACACUUCUCGAGCAGGCUCUCGCAGAAGCGAAGGAUGAGACACCAGCGGAUCGUGAUGCCACAGCAGCAUACAUUGCCUCACUAAACCCAUCGUCAAGUGCAAUUUCGUAUGCUGCAAAUCCAGCCGAACUAAAACAACAUCUUGCGUCACGAGGGAUGCAUGGUUUGUGUCCGAUGUGCUUGGUAGAGGAUGGUAUUUGUGUCGAGGGAAAAGAAAGCGAAGAAGAAAAGGCGUUUGCAGGAUUUCUUGUUCAAGCAGCAGUGGAUGGCAGCAAGGGUACGUGGUACGCAUUCUGCUCAGAUACCGCCCUUCGCCGUUUUGCAGCAUCGCCGAAAAAGUAUUUGGAUACCGUGUUGCAGAUGGCGGAAGGGGAUAUGGUACUUAUUGGACUCCUGGAUAUGUAUGAUCAACUUCCACGUGAACUGUACAUACGCGGUACACGUAAAUAUGAAUCUCAGGUCUCUGCAUCAUUAGCAGCAGCAGCAGGAGCGUCUGUGAAACGUCAUGACAUGUCCACGCAAACAGGUCAAAUAGAUCCUUAUAUGGAUCAUAAUUAUCGCUGGAAUGAGUGGGACCUACGUCGUCAGGCACUAAAACUUGUAAACCUUCUCAACAUGCGUACACACUCUACGCAGACAAUUGCAUCUCACUUUCGCCGAGACAAUGCUACACAAAUUCGGCCACCACGAGAUGAUGAAACACAGACCAUGCAUAACGCUGCAGUUCAACCACCUAGAACGGUUCAGUAUCUUAAAGGGCUUCGUGGUACAAAAACCUCUGCGAUCGAGACAGUUCAGAAGACCUUUUUAUACUAG